GGAGGACGAGAAAUGAAGUUCCAGUCCUGAGCUCCCAACAGACAACAAAUCAAAAUCAAAAUCAAAAUCAAACGGAGAAAGCCUCUGACCGUCUGAGAGGGUCAUUGCUUCCUCUCUGAGACCAUGAACGGCGGCCCCUCUGGUUUCAACAAUGCCCCUGUCACCCGGACCUUCAUCAUUGCCUCCGCCCUUUUCACCGUUUUCUUCGGGAUCCAAGCCCGCUCUAUUAAGCUUGGCUUGUCCUAUCAGGAUGUGAUUGUGAAGCUUCGCUUUUGGAAGCUAGUGAUGUCAGUCUUUGCCUUUUCAUCUACUCCUGAAUUGUUGUUCGGACUGUUUUUGCUUUAUUACUUCAGAGUAUUUGAGAGACAGAUAGGCUCCAACAAAUAUUCGGUCUUUACCUUGUUCUCUAUAAUAAUCUCCCUACUUUUUGAGGUCCUUGCAAUAUCAUUACUUAAAGAUCCUGCAGCCACUGCUGCCAAUCUAGUCACUUCUGGACCUUAUGGUCUUUUAUUUGCUUCCUUUGUACCCUUCUUCUUUGAUAUUCCUGUUUCAACUCGGUUUCGUGUAUUUGGAGUUCGUUUCUCUGACAAGUCUUUCAUAUAUCUUGCCGGUCUUCAGCUCCUUCUGUCCUCGUGGAGAAGAUCCAUCUUACCAGGGAUAUGCGGCAUUCUUGCUGGUUCCUUAUAUCGUUUGAAUGUAUUUGGCAUCCGCAAAGCCAAGUUUCCGGAGUUCAUCAGUUCAUUUUUUUCGCGAUUUUGUUUGCCAUCUGUGGGGAAUCCUCCAGCAGCCCCAAAUAGAGAUGUUAGAGGAAAUAUGCCAUCAUUCAUGAGCCGCCAGGUUGAGAGGAACUUCACUCCUGUGCCAACUGCCUCAGAACCACCGGAGGACUCCAUUGCUACCCUUGUUUCGAUGGGCUUUGACAGAAAUUCAGCCAGGCAGGCACUUAUGCGGGCCAGAAAUGAUGUUAACAUGGCAACCAAUAUCCUUCUUGAAUCACAAUCGCACUAAUUUCAUGAAAAAAAUUCUGGGUAUUAUGAAACCUUUGAUCUCCACAAUUCCGAGAACAAUCAAAUUCAGUAUCAAGGGAUGAUGGUCGGACAAACUUGCAUUUGCUGACAUCUGAGUUUUGAUAGGUUGCAGGAACUCACCAUGCAAUUUUCAUUAACUCUUACGAGUUCCCUUUCUAUUCCUCUAUCUAUCGUAGGUGUGAAAUUUUCUUGCUACGUGAUGUCUGAUUA